AUGCGUCAAGAAAAACAAGGAAAACGAAACGCUAUUCGCUUCUUCUUCUUUCACCAUUGUCGAAUAGCUUUUGAGCUUUACAGGUAUCGCCUGAAAAUGGAUCGAAUCGCGUCUGCGACUUUCUCUUGCUCAGCGAUUUCACCGCCUCGCGUCUGUAGAAUCAAACCUUUUGGCCGAAACAUGGAUGCUGAUCAUAGAAAGAUAUUCUCGUGUCGAGUAGCUGUGGCUUCUGCAAAUACGGUCGUCGACAGUGAACUUGACUUAGAACACAAGAAACACGACCUACUGAGAGCUGUUCAAGAAACUCAACGAGGCCUCACUGCCACUUCUGAUCAACGAUCUGUCAUCGAAGAGGCUCUGGUGACUGUGGAAGGGUUUAACGGCGGUGAAGCCAUUGAUCUAGUGAAGCUAGAUGGGACAUGGAGGCUACAGUAUACAUCUGCAGCUGAUGUUGUUGUUCUGUUCGAAGCUGCUUCAAGAUUUCCCUUCUUUCAGGUGGGUCAGAUCUUCCAGAAGUUUGAGUGCAAAGAUGGAUCAGAAGGUGGAAUCAUUCGGAACGUUGUUCAGUGGAGUGUUCCAAGCUUGUUAGAGGAGCAAGAAGGUGCAACACUUGUUGUGACUGCAAAAUUCGACAAGGUCUCUAGUCGAAACAUCUACCUUCAGUUUGAAGAGAUAAGUGUUAGAAACAUAAACAUCAAUGAGCAGCUUCAAGCUCUUAUUGCACCUGCAAUAAUUCCACGCUCAUUUUUAAGCCUUCAGAUUUUGCAGUUUAUACGCAAUUUCAAAGCUCAGAUUCCAGUAACCGCAACCAGUCCAGGAAGGAGAUCAGUAGGUGGAUUGUAUUACCUGUCUUAUCUCGAUAAUAACAUGCUCUUGGGUCGAUCCGUUGGAGGUGGAGGCGUAUUUGUCUUUACAAAAUCUCAACCCCUAGAGCUGUGA